GUUGUUGGCUAGAGUGUUAUGCUACUAAUGAUGGAUUAUAUUAAUUUUUUCUCCUUUUUCUUUUUGUUCUUGAAGAGCAAAUAUGUUGGGGAUGAGCAAGAACAUAGAUACCUGCAGAUGGCAGGAGUAAAUUUGAUGGAUAAAACGUUGAUUGUUCAGGGCGCUCGGAUUUCGUUUAGCAUGUGGGAUGUGGGAGGCAACCAGAGUUCGAUAGCUCAUGUUCCAAUCGCCUGUAAAGAUGCAGUAGCAAUUUUGUUCAUGUUUGAUCUUACUAGUAGGCGCACGCUAAACAGUGUCAUUGGAUGGUACAGUCAAGCAAGAAAAUGGAACCAGACAGCAAUUCCCAUACUAAUUGGGACUAAAUUUGAUGAUUUUGUGAGACUUCCCCCAGAUCUGCAGUGGACAAUUGUAACCCAGGCCAGGGCUUAUGCAAAGGCUAUAAAGGCGACCCUCUUCUUCUCAAGUGCAACCCACAACAUCAAUGUGAACAAGGUCUUCAAAUUUAUCUUGGCCAAGCUUUUUAACUUGCCUUGGAAAAUAGAGAGAAAUUUGACUAUUGGCGAGCCAAUCAUCGAUUAUUAAAUUUUUGAAAUGUAUUCUUUUACUUCACUCAUUCUGUGUACAUAUUUUUUUGGGGAAAAAAAAGAUGGGGAAUGAUAACUAAUCAUUUUUCUCUUUUUACACAACUUUGUUUGAUUUUGUUUGUUGUUUUCGGUUUGAUUAAUUCACCAUGGUGGGUGUGUGAGAGGAGAAAAAUUAGAUGUUGUUUUGCAUUUAGGGUUCACCCCUGUCUAUCAUGUUAUUUGGUGAUUAGUCAGAUAAUGAUAGAAGAAGAGACAUAAUGAUAUUUGGUCUACCUUCCUCACUCAUUGUUUACCACGUGGAUUUUGUCUUCACGUAAAAAUGAGUGUUAAAUGUGUUUAAAAUUAUACUCUGUUUGCGGAUAAUCAAGCCUAGUGUGGUUGAGUUGAUUGUAAUUUUGGGAAUAGUUGACGUUUGUAGUCUUUUGUGCGGGACGAUUUUUUU